AUGGAUCAUCUGCCUCGUUUGUCAGAGGCUGUGUAUGUAGGACUGUGUCUAAAAAUAGGGAGUCCGUCAAUGGUGAGGAUGAGGAGAGAAGUGAUGGACACAAAUGAGGCGGUGAGUCAGCCUGUAAACAUAUUGAAGGGAUUUGACAGAAUGGAAAGUGUGAGUAAACGUGAGGGAUUCAGACUAAGCACUUCUGAUCCAGAUUUCAUGUUAUGGUCUUCAGACCACAAGGUGAUAUGUGAUCUCUCUCAGAUCAGUUUCUAUCGUAUUUCACAACACACCGUGAUUCUGAUGGAGUGUGGUGAUCUACCACCGGGAUUUUCCAGACUUAACCUGAUGAGUCAAUCUAAUAAUUCACAAACCAUUUCCUCUUGCGUAGUAGUGAAUAACAAAGCAUAUCUUUCAAGUACAUUAUUCAGAGAUAACCAUUUGCGUUUCGUUAGGUCUUGCAAUGUUCCUUUGACCAAUGCUUUCCCUCAUGGACCUUGUUCUAAAUAUUCCUUAUUCCAAGAAGCAGAUACUGGUUUAGCGUUCUGUAUCCAAUCACAUCACUGGCCAAAGUUAGCGCUACCGUGGAUAGAAAGAUGUUGUGAACGGGGUUGGCCAGAACAGAAUGUUUUAGAUGGUAUAUUAAAUGGAGGAUUCCAUGUUGUCCCUAUCGGAAGUACAUCUGAAAAUGAACUCGAAUGGCGAAUCUCGUUCUCAAAAGCAGAACAUAAAGUCCUUUAUUCAAUGAAUCACUGUCAGUUUUUGUGUUAUGGUCUUCUCAAAAAAUUUCUGAAAGAAGUUGUUAAUGGCCGGACCAAUACAACCAUUCUCUGCUCAUACUUCAUAAAAACUAUCGUGUUUUGGGUCAUAUAG